GGGCGCGUCCCUCCCCUCCGUCUCGCGCUCGGCCUAAGCUGGCGCAAGCCGGGAAGAUGGCGGCGGCUGGAGCGGGCCGUCUGAGACGGGCGGCGUCUGCCCUGCUGCUGCGGAGUCCGCGCCUGCCUGCCCGGGAACUGUCUGCUCCGGCCCGGCUCUAUCACAAGAAGGUUGUUGAUCAUUAUGAAAAUCCUAGAAACGUGGGGUCCCUUGACAAGACUUCAAAAAAUGUCGGAACUGGAUUGGUGGGGGCGCCAGCAUGUGGUGAUGUAAUGAAACUGCAGAUUCAAGUGGAUGAAAAGGGGAAGAUUGUGGACGCCAGGUUUAAAACAUUUGGCUGUGGGUCUGCUAUUGCCUCUAGCUCAUUAGCCACUGAAUGGGUAAAAGGGAAGACGGUGGAAGAAGCCUUGACAAUUAAGAACACGGACAUCGCCAAGGAGCUCUGUCUGCCCCCCGUGAAGCUGCACUGCUCCAUGCUGGCCGAAGACGCAAUCAAGGCUGCCCUAGCAGAUUACAAACUGAAACAAGAAUCCACAAAGGGAGAGGCAGAGAAGAAGGAGAAGAAAUGAGCCCGCGGCGAAGCAUCUAGCGGUCAGACCUGCUGUGUGUCCACCCACCGCACCGUCGCUACAGAUGUUCAGAACCCCCACCCCCACUACAGUAAAAGAGCUCGGAGUCACGCGCAGCGCUUGCUGGUCACGUGGUGGCUCCCAUGCCAGCAAAAUACACCGUUUACUUGUAAGUCCUGUGCUUUCUUUCGGCUCACUCUUAGCGCCUUAACCCCGUUUGUAUAUAUUUUGAAUUGUGCGCAUGGCCUCUAACUGAAAUCAGUCACAAAUUCUCAAGUGUGGUAGUCAAAGUGUGCAAAUACCUAAUUUCACCUGAAACUGUCUUGGGGAAGAUUACCAAUAGAAGGCCAUGAUAUGAUUAUUUGAUAGAACCAAUUAUUGUACAUAAAACAGAUGUGCAUAUAUAUAUAUAUAUAUAUAUAUAUA